AUGUGGGCAGUACCAUCGACAGCACCCGGGAACCAGAGCUUCAGCCUGAGCGGAAUGCGCAUCCGAGGCGAAAGGGCCCUGUCUACCAUUGAGGACAUGAGUGACGCGGACAAGAGCGAUGACCGAUUAGGAAAACGUCGCUCGUCGGACGACCGAAGUCGGAUGGAUAAGAUAUCGGAGAUGAACGAGCCCACUGCUGUAAGCGCCCAUACUAUAGUGGAGCUAGGCAGAAAGACAUCGGACUUUGAUACCCCCCAACUGCCUUCGAUAAUUUUCCAAAUCGCAUCAAAGAGUUAA